UUUAAUUAGUUAUAUAUAAAUGUAUGUCCAUAUAAUCAAACCAUCCUGGAAGCUUCACUUGACAGUUGAUAGCCCUUGCUGCAAUAGUCACUUAAAUAGGUGAUAUUGAUACUGAUAUCAGCCCACACUAGCAGCCUGGCAUUUGCAGUAACUUCCAAACAUUUAUUAUAGUACAUGCUCCUAACUUGCUUCUUUCCCAUUCUUGUCAACAUAACUAGUCAAUAAAUGUGCAUACGGAUUUCAAUAGUUUCGACCUGUUAUUGCCAGAAUCUUGCAAUAGUCAAUGCCUAUGUAGGAUGUUACUAGUUGACAUCAGCCCCUUGACAAGAGCAAUGGGGUGCGCCGUUUCUGUCUACGCGGCUGGAAAGAAGAAGAAGAAGAAGAAGAGCAUCAUCCCUGAAGUCAGCAUACUAGUCCCGUCAAUGAGUGUUCCAGCUCAAUGUGAUCUCCAGAGGACACUCAAGGGGGUGAUUCCCAAGGAUCUUGCUGAUAGACUAACUUCUAUGAGGAACCAGAUUCUGCUGAUCGCGCAAGAUACAGAUGUUUCUGCUAUUGAUGAAUUACAAAAAGCGCUCGAGGAGUACUUGCCUCUUCUUGUUGGCCUCACUAGAAAAGAAUUUGGGCUUCAAGAAUUGAUUGGAUUUAAGUGGAGAAACUUGGAAGAUGGACAGGAGCAGGAAAUCUCUGUAGCAAACUCCUGGUUUGAAUUACUGUCAGUCCUUCACAUGAUGGCAAUGUUAACAUUAGUAGAGGCAAAUACGAAGGUGAUACCAAAAGAGAGUGAUAUGACUGAACGGGUUGUAUCCGGAGAUUGCAUGAGGGAUGCUGUUGAUUUGCUGCUGAAAGCAGCAGGUUAUUUGGAUUUCUGUGUCCAAGAUGUUCUUGUCCACCUGCCACCUGAUGUCAAGAACCAGUUGCCAAAGGAUCUGCAUCAGGGUAUUCUUGAAGCCACCUCAAACCAAGCAUUGGCCCAGGGAACUGAAAUUCAAUUAGGUUUGGCUCUCGAAAGUCAGAAUGCAACUUUAUCAGUGAAGAGGAGGCUGGCAUGUGAAGCAGUAAGCUACUACGGACAGGCACUUUACUGCUUGUCUGGAGAUAAUAAUUUCCAUGGAACAGCGAAAAAGCAUCUAUUGUUCAUCAAAUGGAAGUAUCUCGAAGCAAAGGCUGCAGCUUACUACUACCACGGUAUAAUCGUUGACAAGGGCACAGAACCUUCCUGCCACGUUAGUGCAGUAUGCUGUUUCCUCGCAGCAGACAAACUACUUGCAGAGAGCAAAAAGGCCUCCUUAAGUUUCUGCCUGGCUGAACCUGUCACCAGAACUCCUCCAGCAUGGGGUGUUAUGAAGCAUUUAAACAAAAAAGUCCCGGAAACUGCUGCCAAGAAGUCUCAAAUGUAUGGCUACCUUUUGGACCAAGAAAAAGAUCUUCAAGUACUGCCCGAUCUUCCAGAAUUCCAAUUAUCGCUCAAACCUGACGACUAUACAUUGCCAGAAGCAGAUUCAACAUGGGAUAGUGAAAAGUGGGAUAUACCCGGACAAAGCCUCAAAGAACAUCUCAAAGAUUGUGAAGAUGGGGUGGCAACUGAAUAACACAUUUGGCAUUCGACAUUAAUGUUGUCUUGUCUUGAAAUAUUUGUACAUGUUUUUUAACUACAGUAAGUGUUGAGCAUAGCUGCAAGGUUCAAAUAACUUGCAAGUAGAAUCAACACUUAGAUGAUAACUUCUCAUGUAUUAUGCACUCAAUCGUUAAGAUGCAUUAAUUUCGGUUUCUAUUUCCUUCUCAAAA